AUGAACAAAUAUGAUUUAAAUAACUUUUUAUGCCAAUUUGAUUUUUCAUCUUUCCAAGAAUUAGAUCCCUCUUUAAAUGGUGGAUAUACAUUAUGUUACCAUAAAGAAGUUCCAUUUGAGAUAAGAAUUCAAGAAUUAGAAAAUGGACCACAAGAAAUGGGUUCUCUAGAAAUAAUAACUGUUAAGAUUUUGGUUUUAGGUGAUGAACUAAAUGCCCAAAGUGUGAAAAUAGAAUUAACUAAUGAAACAGAUUUAUUUUUUCAUUUCACUCAAACUAUAGAUGAAAUAUCAUUUGCAACAAUGCAAAAUAAUCAAAAAUUAAUGAUUAAUUUUUCUGAAUAUUUGCAAGUUUUAAUAAAAAUGUUUAAUUCAUGUAUAAAAGAGCCACAAAGUUUUUUAGCUAUUUUUACCAUAAAACAGAAUAGAAAAGCUCGAUUAGAUUUCAUAAAAAAUAUGGAAUACAAGUUUAUUGAAUUACUGGUUUGUGAUUUUAAUCAAUCUUCUGAAGAAAAUAUAAAAGAAAGCAUUACUUUUAGAUAUAACUUGAUUAAGUCAAAAAAUACUAUUAUGUAUAAAAGGCUACAAGAUAUAAGCACAUUAAUUAAAUCAAAAAACCCUUCUCUUUUAAUGCAACUUCAAAAAGCAGCUUGUAGACAAUUAGAACUCAUAAAAAAUAAGAAAUGUACUAAGAAUAUAAAGAAAAUAUAA